GAGGUCAAGAUGGAGGCCGAGGAGCACCUCGCCCGCGAAUACGUGCAGGAGUUUGUCCUCGACCACCUGGCGGACCCACCCCCGGGGGAGGUGAAGCGCGAGGCGGCCGAGCAACGUGCUCCCCCCCUGAAGGCACCCGUUCCGGCUGCCCUGCUCGCGCGCGUACACGCCACCCCUACGACUAACAACAACAACAACAACAACAAUAGUAGUAGCAACAACAACAAUAAUGUCGUGGUGGAGGUGCCGAGCAAGGAUCAGGGGGUGUCGCCCGCGACGGGGGUCGAGUCGGGGAACGCGGGGACGCCGUUGGGGCCGCAGCAGCACUUGGGGCCCCUGACGCCUCCGGCCCACGAGCUCGAGCAGCAUCAAUUGCCCAUGUAUGGCCAGCCGGUGCCCCUUCAGCACGUGGUCGAGGCGGGUGUCCUCGUCAAGUUGCCCUUUGCAACUGGGGGGGCCCCGGGUCUCACGAGCCUCUCGCACCCGGGCACGCCACCCGACACGCCACCGGUGUCCGCCUCGCCGCCCACCCUCCAGCACCUCCAGCGCAUGCACCUCGAGCAGAUACACCACCAGCAACCGCCCCUCCACCCGCACCACCAGCUGCAUCAACAACAACAACAACAACAACAACAACAACAACACCACCACCAGCAGCAACAACAACACCAGCAGCAACAGCAGCAGGCCCCCGAGUCGGUUAUGCUCGACACGGGGAUGCCCUGGUUGACGCAGAGCUUGAGACAGGAGCCGCUGGAUUUGAGGCCUCACUGUCCCCCGGAGCCGAGCUCCGAGUCUGAACUCGAGGCCCAGGAGCACUGGCCGGCCCACCACUUGCCCGACCUCGUGCAGCACCACCAUCAUCCCCAUCACCACCACCACCAUCACCACCAUCCACCCCAUCAUCAUCACGGGGGACACUUGGCCGCCGGUGGUGGAGCCGGCAGGCACUCGAGGCACGCCGGGGGUUACAUAAUAGGCGGUCACAUCGAGUACUAUGCGAGCAACGGCGGGUCCAGUCCAAACGGUGGUAUAAUGCCGAUGCAGCUGGACGAGAACCUGCAGCAGCUACCGAUGCAGCACCCCCACCAGCAACCCCAACCCCAACAACAGCAGCAGCAGCAGCAGCAGCAUCUCCAUCACCCGAUCAGGCCACUGAGCAUCUGCUCGACGAGCUCGUGCGGACCUCCCGGCAUGCGACCCAGCCCCGAUCCGCCGGGCAGCCACGACAGUCUCCUCGACGACGACAUCCUCAUGUCCCUCACCGUGCGCGAGCUCAACAAGAGGCUCCAGGGCUGCACUCGCGAAGAGGCUUGGAAGAUCGUCCGGCUGAAACAAAAGCGGCGCACGCUCAAGAACCGGGGCUACGCCCAGAACUGCCGGACCAAGCGGGUCCAGCAGCGCCACGAGCUCGAGCUGACGAACCGCAACCUCCAGCACGAGCUCGACCUCCUCAAGGUCGACAUGGCGCGCGUCCAGCAGGAACUGGACCUCUACAAGCACCGUUACGAGGCCCUCGUCCGGAUACGACAGCCCCAGCAGCAACAACCACCACCCCCACCGCCACCGGCGCCAAGCCACCACCACCACCACCACCAGCAGCAGCAGCAGCCGGCCAGUCCCGAGGUCUACCUGUGA